CAAGGCUGCCAUCCUUGGGCGGGCAUAUGCAAAUGAGGUAUGGAAAUUAGAAGGUCCUAUUGGUUAUGUGACUGAGUCUGUUCCUAGCUAAUCAGACACCUCGAUUUGCUCCCAGGACCUGCCUAUAAAAACGGCCAUGUUCCACCUACUCCCAGAACUGGUCUGCUCGGGCGAGUAUCCACCUUUCUUUUUACUAAGACCUUUUUUCGUUUUCCAAUGUCGGGACGCGGCAAGCAGGGCGGCAAGGCGCGCGCCAAGGCCAAGUCUCGCUCCUCGCGGGCCGGGCUGCAGUUCCCCGUGGGCCGCGUGCACCGGCUGCUCCGCAAGGGCAACUACGCCGAGCGCGUCGGCGCGGGCGCGCCCGUGUACCUGGCGGCGGUGCUGGAGUACCUGACGGCCGAGAUCCUGGAGCUGGCGGGCAACGCGGCGCGCGACAACAAGAAGACGCGCAUCAUCCCGCGCCACCUGCAGCUGGCCAUCCGCAACGACGAGGAGCUCAACAAGCUGCUGGGCAAGGUGACCAUCGCGCAGGGCGGCGUGCUGCCCAACAUCCAGGCCGUGCUGCUGCCCAAGAAGACCGAGAGCCACCACAAGGCCAAGGGCAAGUGAUUGGACGGGUAUCGCAGCUUCCGGAAACGCUUUGAAAACCAAAGGCUCUUUUCAGAGCCCCCUACCCACCUCCUAGGAAGAGCUGAUGUCACUUUAGGUUAAAGGGGGGAAAUGCACAGAAAGGUAAGCUUAGCUUCUCCAGAGCUGUGGGGUACAAACAUUUUCUUUAGAGAAAAGGCUCAGUGUUGCUAAAAAUGGAGCAGCCUGUAUAGGAAGUGGCAGGCGAUAUGCUCUCGAAAUAAACACGCAUUUCAAACAGUCGCAGAACCUGGCUGGUUUCCGGAACCCCUUAACUGCAGCCCUGGGUUGAGGUCUGUAAACUUCAGGUUGCAAAUGACAGGUCGGGGGAGGCGAACUUUCCCAGCGGGUGCGUAGCCGCCCCGCCCUGUCCCGAGGGCGUUAGUCUCGGCUCCGGUUAAAUAACAAUCAAGCACCAUCUUGGAAGCUUCCGAGGGCGGGGAACGGGCCCCUGAGACCGGCUCCCGGGCUGGCGGAGAAGACAGCCUGGAUCUAGAGCCGAGCGGCCUCUUCUCCCCACUGACCAGGCUGAGACCGUGCCCAGUUCAUAACCCCGGGACUCGGUUCUGUCGCUUGCAAGUCGGGGGUCUCUACCAUGUCCUCAGGGGAAUGGAUGAGAGUGAAAAACCCAGGACCUGCAAUCCCUGAAGACGGCCAGGUACCAGGGAUGAAGUUGAUCCAAGGCCAGCAUGUCAAACUCCCGGCCCACGGGCUGCAUGCGGCCCACAGGGAAUAUUUCUGCAGCCCGGCCAGUAUAGCAGUGCGCAGUUACUCACAAUGAUGAAAGGAAAUAAGUCUCCUGUCAGAUCCAGAAUCACUGACGUUCACCUGGGGUCAGUUUUGAAAGUAAUCAUUGCCAACAAGAUUUCCCCCAAAGUAGGAGAGAGAGUAGCAGAGCAGAGAUGCCAAGUGUCAGGAAGAAAACAUGCAUUUUAUCAUUGCUCUUGUACUUUUUUUUUAAAUACUAUACUUUUUUCUAAAUAAACUUACGUUUCUAUGAGAAUGGAAGCUUUUGGUUGGUUGUUUGUUUGUUUUUGUGGCCCACACACACACUUAAGCCUUGUUUAUUUGGCCCGUGUUAGACUUUGAGUUUGACAUGCUUGGUCUACGUAAGGGGUUUACUGAGAAGCUGGGCCGAGGCAGAAUCAUCAGUGGGGUCUCUGGGGCGUCCCAGACACAGCACAUCUGCUUGACACAGCAUCACUGUGUAUUAUAACUCUUUUUAUUAUUUCAGAGGAAGGGAGAGGGAGAAAGAGAAAUAUCAAUGAUGACAGAGAAUCACUGAUUAGGCUGCCCCCUGCACACCUCCCUACUGGGGAUGGAGCCUGAAACCUGGGCAUCGAACCGUGACCUCUGGGUUCAUAGGUGGAUGCUCAAGCACUGAGCUACACCGGCGGGCUAAACCUCUUUUUAUAUUUUCAACUCCUCUGUGCAGCAAUAUCCUUUCCUUCAUCCCCACCCCUCACUUCCUGCUUUUUAAUGUAUCAUUUGACCUCUUUUUUUACAAGUAUGGUAAGUUUUAUUAUGAGUUGCAAACAAUCACAUGUAUUUUAAGGUUAGAAUUAGGUUAACAUGUAAGGGUUUUUCAUCUGUUGAUCCUAAUUUAGAAUUACAAAUGCAAAUAACUAUUCCUGUCAAGUAUCAUGUAUGAGUAUUACUGGAAGAUGUUAGGAAUUCCAUGGAGGAUCCCUCAUGCAGACAGAAAUUGACAAUAAGGGGUCAUAUUUAGCUCAGGAAUUCUCCCCUCUGUUUUAUUCCAAAACCUGAAUAUUG